GACGGAGAGAGUCCAUGGAGACGAGGGUCGCGGGUCGCGGGUCCUGUGUAGGAAUGCAGCAUUGCUUUAAAACGGCUGAGCGACCAGUUUGGCGAGUAACCGUUGAAACAUCACAGUGCCGUCACCCAGAGUGAAGAUAUGGGGUGCGGGAGCUCCAAAACUACGGCGGUCGAGCCCGUGACGCCGGACAGCCUGGACACAGGCGAGGUUAUAGCGGCGCGUGGAGGAGCUCGCGGCGACUCCGCCGUGUCCAAGCAUACCACGGACAGUGGACUGGGGCUGGAGGCCGGAGAGGCCAUCGGCCUUCCAGGCGCAGUUCCCAGGAUACUCCCACCGUUGAGAGCUCAGAGUCCAAGGCCGGUGCAGGACAGCCAGAGGCCUGAGUCCAGCGUGAUUUUGGAGGAGCUGCUGAGUCAAGGCAUCAUUCCAGCCCAGCCUAAAGUUGCAGGCAGUGGAGAGGCUUACAACAUCAUGUUGGAUGAUGCAGGGAGGCCGAGGAGGAGGCCACCACCUCGUCUAGAGUCCCUGAAGAUUCGCAAAGAACAAGAGGUCACGAGAAAGGAAGACAUUGAAGAGAAGAUGAGACAAGUGGAGGAGAGAAGAAAAGUACGGGAGGAUGAGCUGCGGACCAGACUGAGGGCCAAGUCUGCACGGCCUCGUGGCGCUGCUCCACUCGAGGCUGAGGUUGAUGCUGAAGGCCCUCUCUCAUCCACAAACAAAGAGCCCCAUAUGGGCAGCCGUUCAGGAGAUUCAGUGGAUGGAAGACUGACUUACUCUCCAGAGCUGGAAAACGACUCAACGUUUCAGCAAAUUGCUGAUGAGUUAUUUUAGCCUAGCGCUGCCCUCAGACCCCUAAACUAAAGCUGGGCCAACACAGCGUAUUUCUUAUAGUUAGUAUAUAUUUAGCAUGAUAUAGGCACAUAUACUGUAUAGCACAUCUAUUCUGGGAAGGUUUUUUUGCACAUGCACUUUAUAAUGAUCUUAUACAGCUUUUUAAUACUGAACUUCCACACUGUCGUAACACAGUUUAACAAAAUUAUUGGAUGUUUGUGAGCAUGCUGCAUAGAACAGUGUGGCUCAUAUGCGCAUUCCAUGAGUUGCCAUUCAGUGAAAUGUUAAACAAAGAGGAAGCUUAUCAUUCUUUACUACCUUUAUUCUUUAAGACGCUGUUUUCCAAAGAAAAAUGAAACGAUAGCAACUUUCGUAGACAUACAGACAUUAUUCUUAUGAAAGAAUGAGCACAGAGUGUACAUCAGGUUCAAGUAUUUUGUGUCAAAUGAAAGAGAGGGUGGGGAUUGAUGAUUUUGAGAGAGAAUUCAAUGCCUGAACUAUAACAUAUACAUUUGCCUUGCAACCCAAAUUAAAUCCAUUUAUGUGUAAAUGUG